AUGACGAAACGGUUGAGAAUUCCUUUCACCGCACCAUUUUCACCGCCGGUCAUCUUCCCAUCGUCGGCCAGGACCUUAUCAGGAGCCAUCGACGCGGUAACCAACUUUCUCUCCGCCCCUCCAUCUCCAUAUCUCAGGGGCAUCAACGUCGGUUCAAAUGCCCAAACAGUGCUUCUCACAGGUGCUGGUAUCUCAGUUGCAUCGGGCCUAUCGGACUAUCGUGGCGAAAACGGCACCUAUAGACGAAAUGCGGCGUACCGCCCAAUUUAUUUCCACGAGUUUGUGACACUACACGAGGCUAGAAAGCGGUACUGGGCACGGAGUUUUGUUGGUUAUCCCACAUUACGAGACUCUGUGCCAAAUUCCACCCAUUUUUCUAUCGGAGAGCUCGGCAGGAAGGGCUACAUCAGCUCCGUGAUCACGCAGAACGUUGACUCGUUUCACAGCGUUGCCCAUCCCCAGAUUCCGGUGCUCGAGCUCCAUGGCUACCUCCGAUCCGUCAUCUGCAUCGACUGUCGCCAUAAAAUGCCAAGAGAAAUAUAUCAAGAAUCACUCUUGCGGCUGAACCCCGCUUGGGCAGAAUUUUUGGCUCGCAUCAUUGAGACCGGAGCCCUGAAGACCGACGUCGCGGCAGAACAAAGGGCAAAAGGUCUGCGAGUGAAUCCAGAUGGGGAUGUAGACAUUCCUAAUGCCCAUUACUCAACUUUUCGUUACCCGCCCUGCCCACAUUGUUUAGCUAAACCACCGCGCCGGACAGACGGAACAAAAGUGAUCGUUGAAACAGAACCAGAUGGUGCGUGGUCCUCGAGGUCAAAUGGCGGGAUUCUCAAGCCCGCGGUUGUCAUGUUUGGCGAAUCGGUGGAUGAGACUACAAAACUGGCUGCUGAGGAAGCGAUCGACGAGGCAGGCAAACUUCUGAUUCUGGGAAGCAGUUUGGCAACCUUCUCCGCUUGGCGUCUAGUUGAAAGAGCACAACACCGAGGAAUGUCUAUUGGCAUCUUGAAUGUGGGCGGUGUUCGCAAUGAAGUCAGCUUGUUCAAAGAUGCCAAUGAGAAGUCUAUGCCAGUGACGCGUAUGCGAUGCAGUGAGAAGACCGAACAUGUCCUACCUGAAGUCGUUUCGAGGCUUGACCGCAUCGGCUCAAUUUAA